UUACACUUGGCACAAUGCAGUCAGGCAAGUACUAUUCUCAUAAUUCUCCUGGCAACCUCCAAACCCAGCUCUAGAGUCCAGUGGCGGCGUGCUUUACACUACUGCAUCCAACACUUUGCAUUGCACUUGGUGCACUUGGUGGCUGAGUUGCUGUUGUUCCCAGUUACUUCCACUUUGUUAUAAUACGACUAACAGUUGACCAAGGAAUAUUUAGUAGCAAGGAAAUUUCACAGAUGGACUUACUGCACAGGUGGCAACCUACCAUGGUACCACACUUGAGUUCACUGAGCUCUUGAGAGUGACCCAUUCUUUCACAAAUGUUUGUAGAAGCAGUCUGCAUGCCUAG